UCGAAGAGAAUUUCCAUGGAUUCAUUCCUUGGGAUUACAUGAACCUCAGAAAACGCCAAACCAAAGUAUCACCGCCCUGGAUUCGAUGUUUACAAUGAAAAACCCACACGUCAAACCAAUCUAAACCAUAAAAAAACUGGAUCCAAACCCCACUCCCCCUAACCCGUUUCCUAGAACCACCAUUUCCCUUUUAAUUUUUUCCACAAACCCCAAAUCAGAAACCCCAUAGUUUUCAUCUUUCACAAGAAAAAAAAUGCUCACAAGGGCUUUUACAAAACCCAAAAGGAAUUUUAAAGACUACGGUGAACAUAGCAGGUCAGGGUCCAUCUCUGAAUACGGUGAUGGCAUAGUAGGAUUGAUGGAUGAUCUGCCGCUGAUUUCUUGUGAAAAUCAUGGGCCAACGCUGUCCCUGAAGGAGGUUUUGAGGACGUCCGUCGGUGUGAUGGGAGAGAACAACAGGGGAUUGACAGAAAAAGUGGUGUUAUCCAAGGGUAGACUUUGCGCUCUAAAGAGGUUUCGGAAGGUUAUAGUAGGAAAGAGUGAGUUCGGCACGAGAGUUGAGAGGUUGGCUCAGGUUUGCAAGAAGUGCGAGUAUCUCGUCCCAAUCACUGCUUAUUUAUAUGCCAAGAGGAUCAAGCUUGUUGUUUGCGACUACUAUCCCAUGGGAAGCUUAGCUGACUUGCUUUCAGGUGGAAGGGCUGGCCAAACUGCCUUAAAUUGGAAUGAACGUCUGAUGAUAAUAGUUUACGUUGCACGAGCAAUCGGUUUCAUCCAUGCACAAUCCCCUCCACAUGAAAAGAACAUGAAAAUGAACUUUCAUGGAAACAUAAAAUCCUCCAACGUCAUGAUAAACAUCGACCUGACGGCUCGGUUAUCAGAUUAUGGCUUCGUCCAGUUAGCUGACUGCGUGGAAGAAUCUGAUAAUGAGGGGGCAGGAACUAGUUACCGUGAGAAUUUGAGUCAAAAGAGUGACAUAUUCAAUUUCGGGCUAGUUUUACUAGACCUGCUGGCGGGAGUGACGGAUCCAGGCUAUAUAAAGUGCAUAGUUGACACAAAGGAAAGUGUAAAACUGGGUAACAAUGCAUUUUUUGAAUUUCAUGUACAAGGGAAAGAACGGAAUCAAGCUUUGAAGGUUUUGGACAUUGCUUUGGCUUGUACAAACAGGUCGCCAGAGGCCAGGCCUUCAAUAGAGCAAAUCCUGUUGAAUCUUAGUGAUAUUCUCAAUAGUACUAACUAAGCUGUUUGUCUGUGUUAAGACAUUAUCUGUAUUUUUAAAAACAAAACCAAAAA